UACCCCCUGAAGGCGCUGGCGAGAGCCUGACGAUAUGACAAGGGCGAGGGCGAGACCCCGGUGGUGAUUAAGUUUGUGUGUUUAUAAAGGGCCGUGGGCUGCUGCCCUGGGAGGUUCUUAGCUGACUAGUGGAAUAUAUACCCUUGACAACCGUACAGCGGUGUGCUGCACCUUUUUUACUUGAUACAAACCACUCUCUCUUGACUUUCACUCGCCAUCCUCUCUUACAAGAGCCAUUGUCGACAGUUACAUAUAUAUAUUUGUAUAAACUCCCACACAAUAUUCUAUCUCUCGCUUGGGAUAACUUGGUACAGAAUAUGCUUCAGGGCUAGCAUGCCCAACCAAUAAUACCCAGAAAUGAAUCUUCUCGACAUAGCAAAGUCAUGCGAGGACAUCGCGCGGGGAGUCUUCAGCUUCCUCCCCCAUGUCCCAACCGCCUCAGUGGACAUCUCCGCCGUCGUAGCGGAACUCUACGCCAUCGGCGCUAGUCUCCGCUCCCUAGAUGGCUCCCACAAGACUCCCUCUCGCCGCCAGAACUUCACCCAUAUAGCUACUGACCUGGAGCUCGUGGUGCGUGCUAGUCUGAGGCAGACGCUGCGGGAUAUCUACGAUUCGUUGAGUCGGAUGAACCAGGCCAUCCAUAUAACCAACCUGCACAAUGCGGCUGCGACGGCGGCGGGGACGCCGAUAGCGGACACGAUCGCUGCGCUGCAUAAGCGGACUUGGGAUGGAUUGUGGCAUUACUUUUAUACCCAGGCUGGUUAUUCGUUGCACCUCCGGUUGAAGUAUUAUAAGCAAAUGCUCGAAGAGAUGUCGGCCAUUGCGCAAGGAGAGGUGGCGGAUGAGGUUAUGCUAGCUAGCUGUCGAGCAGCCAUUACUACGCUGCGUGUAAUCCAGGACAGGCAGGUUGCUAUCCAGGCCCAGCAGGAAGUCCAGAAACAACACCAGCAACAUCAUCAUCACCAACAACAGCAUCAGAUGCCAGGACAAUUUCCACAACAGCCGCCAUUUCAUCAUCAUCAUCCUCACCAUCCCCACGUAUCAGCUGCUGUGCCUCCCGUACCUCCGCCGCCCCCUCCACCACCGCCGCCUCCUGCUCCAGGGGUGCCAGGUGUUACUCCAGUUGCCAUGCCUCGCGCAGUAAGCCCCGAUGACUCAUUGGAGCAUAUCUUAGAUCCUCCAAGGGCACCUGAGCCGCCAAAACGGAAAUCAUCAAUGAAAAAGGCUGGUUCCUUUGAGCGACAGAGACCGAACAGAAAGGAACAUCGUGAUUCCAUCCACUGGUCCAACCCGACUAGUCCCAAGUCCCCUGUUGACUCAAGUAGUGAUACCAUGUCAUUGUCCUCCAACUCUUUUAAACACUGGGCUAUGAAAGUCUACAGCUCUGUCGCUACCUCAACCCCCUUGCGAUCCACAGGAGAUAUGUAA